CUCUCGGGCGGAACCGCUUCAGUCCUUCCUCUGCUACAGCCCGAAGCGAAGGACCCAGAACCCUCCUUUCCCCUCCGCAGCGCUCUGCGGUGCGGAGGCAUCUGGCUUGCGGCGGACCGAACCUACCAAGCGGAACUUCUCACUCCUGGCGGGUAACAGAUCUGGAGAAUGCCAGAAGAAAACGAAAGUACGGGUUGCGGAGCCUGACUUCUUUCACGAGCUUCCCCGAGAUUGGCUGAGACAAAUGAGAAGGCGGAGAGAGCGAGAGCGAGAGCGAGAAGGGGCUGGUGGGAAGCUGUUUCCUAGGUAAUGUUCGCCACCGGCGCCACCAUUGCUUCCCCCCCACCGCGUGUGCCUGCAUCAGAGGAGUAAAAGGCUUCGCUUCCUUAGCCGGACAGCCUCUGUCGCAGCCUGAAGGCUACCUGAAGCCCAGCAGGUAGUACGGGUUACUGGCGACCGGGCUGAACAGGAAAAGCCGCCGCCACCGCGGAUUCAAGGAACAGGAAGCGAGUUCGACUGCCGCCUCCAGCCGCGCUUGGCAGUUCUGUCAUCCAGUGCAUCUUUUGAAGAAAACCAAGAGAAAAGAUGGUUUGCACAAAUAAGCUUACAUGGCCAGAAUUACUUUGAAUGAAUUCUGAACAGAAAAGCAACAAUCUGGAUUCCUUGGGCACAGUGGCUGCAUAUGGACAUAAUAUUAAGCUAGUGGUAAUGCCUGGCUGACUUUAUCAAGAUUUAAAAGGUCCAUGUGGUUAUGAUAUUUAAAAUCUAUAAUGCCUCCUGCCAUGGCAGAUAUCCUGGACAUCUGGGCAGUAGAUUCACACAUAGCAGCUGAUAGCUCAAUCUCUGUGGAUUGCCUGCUUCCCACUGGAAUUUACAUCAGUCUAGAUGUUCCCCGUGAUGCCACUAUUUGUCAUAUCAAACAGCUACUAUGGAAACAAGCACACAGCUAUCCUCUAUUUCAUCUUCUUCUGGAGAUUGAUUCAUAUAUGUUCUCCUGUGUGAACCAAACAGCAGUACGUGAGGAACUGGAGGAUGAAACCCGAAGACUCUGUGAUAUUAGACCAUUUCUUCCUGUUCUCCAGUUAAUUACAAGAAGCUGUGAUCCAGGAGAAAAGUUAGACUCUAAAAUAGGUGUUCUCAUAGGAAAAGGACUCCAUGAAUUUGAUGCCCUACAGGACCCAGAAAUCAAAGAAUUCCGGAUUAAGAUGCGACAAAUUAGUGAAGAGAAAAUGCAGUCACUGAUGGGAUUAUCUUUGAUGAAUUGGUUAAAGCACACAUAUCCACCAGAAUUAGGACCAGCAAUCCAGGACAACUUCCAGGAUAAACUUUAUGGUGGGAAUAUUGUUGUGGCUGUUCAUUAUGAGAACUCUCAGGAUGUAUUUAGUUUUCAAGUGUCUCCUAAUAUUAACCCUAUUAAGUUAAAUGAGAUGGCAAUUCGGAAAUGGUUGACUAUUCAUGGAAAAGAAGAUGAAGAAGUUGAUCCUUGUGAUUAUGUAUUACAAGUUAAUGGAAGACUGGAAUAUGUUUUUGGGGAUCAUCCAUUAAUUCAAUUCCAGUAUAUCCAUCGUUGUGUAAUAAACAGAGCUCUUCCUCAGCUGACACUUAUUGAAUGCAGCACAAUUAAAACAAUGUAUGAACAGGAAAUGAUCGCUAUAGAAACAGCAGUAAAUCGAAAAUCAAACAAUCUUCCUCUUCCUCUACCACCCAAAAAAUCACGUGUGACUCAAAGUGUCUGGGAGAUUGGCCAGCCUUUCAAAAUUUUGCUAGUAAAUGGUAGUAAAUUGGAUGCAGAAGAAACUGCCAAAGUUCAUAUCAGGGCUGGCCUCUUUCAUGGCAAUGAACUCCUUUGUAAACCUAUUGUAAGCUCAGAAAUAGCAGGGAGAAAUGACCAUGUUUGGAAUGAACCCUUGGAAUUUGACAUCAAUGUCUGUGACUUGCCGAGAAUGGCUAGAUUGUGCUUUGUGGUUUAUGCUGUUAUGGAUAAAAUGAAAAAUAAAAAAUCAGCCAAGGCACUGAAUCCAUCCAAAUACCAGACCAUGAGGAAAGCUGGAAAAGUGCAUUAUCCUGUGGCAUGGGUCAAUACUAUGGUAUUUGAUUUUAAAGGACAGUUGAAAACUGGAGACCUUCUCUUGCACAGCUGGUCAUCAUUUCCUGAUGAACUUGAAGAAAUGUUGAAUCCAAUGGGAACAGUACAGACUAACCCAUACACUGAAAAUGCAACAACUUUGCAAAUCAGAUUUCAAGAAUAUUCAAAAUGUCCUAUUUAUUACCCCCCUUUUGAUAAGAUACUUGAAAAAGCAGCUGAGAUUGCAAGGAACAGUGAUUGCUCUGGCAUGGCAGGUCGUGGUGGCAAAAAGUUCUUCAUUGAGCUAAAGGAGAUCAUGGAAAGGGAUCCCUUAUCCCAGCUGUGUGAAAAUGAAAUCGAUCUCAUUUGGACAUUACGAUUUGACUGCCGUGAAAAUUUUCCACAAUCCCUGCCAAAACUGUUGCUAUCUGUGAAAUGGAACAAGCUUGAAGAUGUUGCUCAGCUUCAGGCUCUUCUUCAGAUAUGGUCAAAACUGCCACCUAGAGAAGCAUUAGAAUUAUUAGAUUUCAAUUAUCCUGAUCAAUAUGUAAGAGAAUAUGCUGUGGGCUGUUUACGACAAAUGAGUGAUGAAGAACUUGCUCAGUAUCUCCUGCAGCUUGUGCAAGUCCUGAAAUAUGAAGCUUUUCUUGACUGUGCCCUCUCCAGAUUCCUAUUAGAGAAAGCCCUGGCAAAUAGAAGGAUAGGACAAAUGUUGUUUUGGCAUUUGAGAUCAGAAAUGCAUAUAUCUGCAGUCUCUUUGCAGUUUGGCGUGAUAUUGGAAGCUUAUUGUCGUGGAAGCAUCACUCACAUGAAAGUUCUUUCCAAACAGGUUGAAGCACUGAAUAAGAUGAAGACUUUGAAUAGCUUAAUCAAGCUGAAUGCCAUGAAGCAAAGUAAAGCCAAAGGGAAGGAUGCAAUGCAUACCUGUUUAAAACAAAGAGCAUACAGAGAGGCUCUUUCCCAUCUCCAGUCCCCUCUGAAUCCAUCUGUUUUACUUUCAGAACUUUGUAUAGAGAAAUGUAAAUAUAUGGACUCAAAAAUGAAGCCUUUAUGGAUAGUAUACAGUAACAAAGCGUUCGGUGGUGACUUGGUGGGAAUCAUUUUUAAAAAUGGAGAUGAUCUACGACAAGACAUGUUGACUCUUCAGAUGUUACGUUUAAUGGAUUUACUUUGGAAAGAAGCUGGGCUAGACCUUCGACUGUUGCCUUAUGGCUGUUUAGCAACUGGAGAUUAUUCUGGUUUAAUUGAGGUGGUUUCAGCUUCUGAAACAAUUGCAGACAUUCAACUCAACAGUAGUAAUGUUGCUGCAGCUGCUGCAUUCAACAAAGAUGCUCUGUUAAAUUGGCUUAAAGAAUACAAUACUGGAGAAGAUUUGGAUCAAGCCAUUGAGGCAUUCACUUUGUCUUGUGCUGGCUACUGUGUAGCUACUUAUGUCCUGGGCAUUGGAGACAGACACAGUGACAAUAUCAUGGUUAGGAAGAAUGGUCAGCUGUUUCAUAUAGAUUUUGGUCAUAUUCUUGGAAACUUCAAAUCCAAAUUUGGAAUUAAAAGAGAACGAGUCCCUUUCAUCCUUACAUAUGAUUUUAUUCAUGUCAUCCAGCAGGGAAAAACUGGAAACACUGAAAAAUUUGGCCGGUUUCGCCAAUACUGUGAAGAAGCAUACUUGAUUCUGCGAAGACAUGGCAACCUAUUUAUCACCUUGUUUGCACUAAUGUUAACAGCUGGGCUUCCAGAGCUAACUUCUGUUAAAGACAUCCAAUAUCUAAAGGACUCUCUUGCCUUAGGAAAGAGUGAUGAGGAAGCAUUAAAACAGUUUAAGCAGAAAUUUGAUGAAGCACUCAGAGAAAGUUGGACUACAAAAGUAAACUGGAUGGCACACACAGUUCGGAAGGAUUACAGAUCCUAAAUGGUGGAUGAAUUUGCACUAAUCUUAGAAGUUAUCCUGACAAUAAAGCUUUAAAGGAGAAAAAAAACCCAAACUAUUUAAAAAGAUACCCAAGAACUUGCCUAAAGAUUCCUGAUUGUUUUGCACUCUGCUUUGGGAAUGCUUCAACGAGAUUUUGCAGAAUCAGUAAUCACUUCUGCUUACUUUGCACACUGGAAGUGACUAGUAAACUUUUAUAUUGUUUUGAUACAGUGUAAAUAUUUGUGACUUUUUCUUGCUUAGACUCAAAUUCUGAUGAGAUGAUUAGAGAUUUUUUGACGAACUGGUACUAAACUCCACUAGAGGUUUUGAGACCACCUUUAAUUUUGCUUCAACUUUAAAUGCAUCAAUAUAUCUAUAUUUUUACCUGCUUAAAGAUUCAUUCUACUGUACAUAACAGCACCCAUAAUAUUUCACAACAAAUAGCUGCUUAUUGGUUUCUACUGCUGCCAGAAAACUCUAUAUACUUAAUAAUGGGAAAAUGUAAAAAGAUUAUGCCUUUUAUUAUAAUGUUGUAUAAUAUGUUCAAUGUAAUGUUUUAAAUUUUAUGUGGAGGAAUUAUGUUUAAAAGAAUUUUCUGUUGUUGGAAAAUUCUACAAAAUCUACUGCUGAACCUCUUUUUUUAAAAAAAAACCACAGCAUUUGAAAUGUUAGACAAAUGUCAAUAAAAGAAGUUAGCCUUUCGGUUUUCCAGUGAUAUCUGUUAACAGAUAGUUUGUCCACCCCAUGUAAUAUAUUAAAGUGUAAAAACAUGAAUAAAUAUGAAUCAAAAUCUCCUUACAAGGUUUAUAUCUCUCCAAAAACCUGAGUUUUAAAAAGGAAUUUAAAAAUGAAGACAAAUCUACCCAAUGCUAUACUUAGUGACAAAACAUUAAAAAGGAAAAACAGAUGAAUUAAAACAUAAAAUAUGUAUGAAUGAUCCUGAUUCUUUUGCACCUUGCUUUGGAGAGCUUCAGCAAGCUUUUGUAAAAUUAGUAUUCGAAUUCUGAUUAGAAUUCUGAUUAUAAUUAUUAUAAUUAUCUGAUUCUGCAUGUUGUGAUACUCUGUCAUAAAACUGUUUUCCCAGGAUGUUUGUAUUCAGCCUUGAAAUGAUUGUGGUUGAAAAAACUGGGUAUACUUUAAUUUAUAAAAUGAGGUACCAUGCUUUAAGGUGCUUAAAAGAACAGUUCAAAUUAAAAGUGCAAUAGAAUUUUUUGGGUUUAAAGAUGUAACAUGAAAUAUUUUGGAAAAAAAUGGCAAAAUGUAUUUGUAACAGGCUCUUGCUCACCAAAGAACGUAGUAGCUGUUAAUUUCUGUGGUGGUUGAGUGAGCAUAUAAUCAAAAUAGUGAUUUUAAGUAGGAAUUGCAUUUUAAACUAUUAUAUUUUGUCAAAUGUUUCUGUUUCUCUAAACAACAUUGUGAAUAAUGAAUGUGGUUCAUUUAAAAUCUUGUUAAAAUGUUAAGUGUCAACUACUGAUAAUACAAGUGUGAAGCUAAAUUACAAAAUGUAUUGUAGUAACAAGCUUUCAUUAUGAAGUGAUUGUUACAGACGUUUCCCAUUCAUUUUCAUUAUUGAAAGGUCAAUUUUUUUUAGUUUUCAUUUUCAGUUCAUUGCUUUAAAUGAUCUUAUUUCUAUUAAUUUUAAAAUGCAUAUUUUGCUGCCUAUGACUAUGGAAUGUUUUAAAUCAUAUGAGCUUUUAAUAUAUUAUACUAGUGUUUUCCAUCUAUUUCACCCCAUCCCCAGCUUUGUGCCUGCUGAAUUUCAGACCCAAAUAAAGUCAGUUUUAUAAGCCAUUUAUAUAUAUUCUGGCUUGGGUAUCAAUGGGAGAUUGUCUGCUCUUCUCUCAUUUGUAACCCUUUUACAAUAAAGUUAGCUCAGACAAAGUUUUCUAUUCUAUAUAGUUCAUUUAAUUCCUGACAAUUUUAUUACUCUUUUACCUUCCUCUCUUUAACUCAUACAGCCCACUGCUGUGUAUGUUAGGUGUUUAUCCAGCAGAAACAGAAAUAAUGCAAGUUAAAACAAUGAGUAAUAAAUUUUUCAUUUGGAAUUCAUCAAUUGAAUUUAUUUGGUUUUCUAAUUGGAAUGAAUGAGAUGUAUUCAUUCUUUUAGAUAUUAAAAUGAAUGUGCAUCUGCGUGUCUAGCAA